AAAAACCAAUUUUAAAAAAAACACAAACCCAUUCGUGUGCGUGCGGCUUAGUUAAAACACUAAUGGACACUUCUUCAUCACUUUUGCUAUUCUACUUCUUCUUCUUUCUCAUCAUCAUAAUCAUCUUAUUCCACAAGAUCAACGGUCUCAGAUCAUCCUCAGCCUCUAAGAAAAAACUUAAUGAUCAUAAUGUUCUUACUCAGUGUCACGGACCAAAGUUUCCACAGGGAAGCUUGGGAUGGCCUGUCCUCGGAGAAACCAUCGAGUUCGUCUCUUCUGCUUACUCAGACCAUCCCGAGAGUUUCAUGGACAAGCGUCGACUUAUGUAUGGGAGAGUGUUUAAGUCGCAUAUAUUUGGAACGGCUACGAUCGUGUCGACGGACGCAGAAGUGAACAAAACCGUUUUACAAAGCGACUCGACGGCGUUCGUGCCGUUCUACCCGAAAACGGUGAGGGAGCUAAUGGGGAAAUCGUCGAUACUUCUGAUAAACGGGAGUUUACACAGACGAUUCCAUGGACUAGUCGGUUCGUUCUUAAAGUCACCACUUCUCAAAGCUCAAAUUGUUAGAGACAUGCACAAGUUUUUGUCGCAAUCCAUGGAUCUAUGGUCCGAGGACAAACCUGUUCUCCUCCAAGAUGUCUCCAAAACGGUUGCAUUCAAAGUACUUGCAAAGGCAUUGAUAAGUGUUGAGAAAGGAGAAGAGUUAGAAGAGUUAAAGGAAGAGUUUGAAAAUUUCAUCUCAGGACUUAUGUCAUUACCAAUUAAUUUGCCUGGAACUCAACUUCAUAGAUCGCUCCAAGCUAAGAAGAAGAUGGUGAAGCAAGUUGAAAGAAUCAUAGAAGGCAAAAUUAGGAGAGCAAAAAACAAAGAAGAAGACGAUGGUGUUAUUGCAAAAGAUGUUGUGGAUGUGUUGCUUAAGAACUCAAGUAACAAUUUAACUCACAAUGUGAUUGCUAACAAUAUGAUUGACAUGAUGAUUCCCGGCCACGACUCUGUCCCCGUCCUCAUCACUCUCGCCGUCAAAUUUCUCUCCGAUUUACCUAGUGCUCUUCAUUUUCUGACGGAAGAAAACAUGGAGCUGAAAAGAUUGAAAGAAUUGAGAGGAGAGCCACUAUAUUGGAAUGACUAUUUGUCAUUACCUUUUACACAAAAGGUCGUUACAGAGACACUGAGAAUGGGAAAUGUUAUAGUUGGAGUGAUGCGAAAAGCAAUGAAAGAUGUUGAAAUAAAAGGUUACGUGAUACCAAAAGGAUGGUGCUUCUUGGCUUAUCUCAGAUCAGUCCAUCUUGAUAAACUUUAUUAUGACUCUCCCUACAAAUUCAAUCCCUGGAGAUGGCAAGAAAGGGACAUGAACAAGAGUAGUUUCAGUCCUUUUGGUGGUGGUCAGAGAUUGUGCCCUGGUCUCGAUUUGGCCCGUCUUGAAACUUCAAUUUUCCUUCACCAUCUUGUCACUCGCUUCAGAUGGAUUGCAGAAGAAGAUACAAUUAUAAAUUUUCCGACAGUGCAUAUGAAGAACAGAUUACCCAUUUGGAUCAAAAGAAGAUAAUGGUCUUUCUUGAGUGGAAAAUGGAGAAUCAAUUUUGCAUUAUCAAAAUCUAAAAGGUUAAAGAAGAAGUCACACGAGUGUUUCUAACAUGUAAGUGGGAGUGAUUCAGUGAAUGAAAGUGAUAGUGAGACAGAAAAGACAACAUGAUGGAGUGUAGAGACAAAAAGGACUCGCACGUGUGGGAGGCGAGAAAAUACGUGUCGACUAUUUGUCGUUUUCCGUUAAAAGGCAAACAAGAACAAAAUCACAAAACCUUGUGUUUGUUGAGUUGGCUCCACGUGGACCCAACUUCAAUUUGUGUUUCUCUUGUUUUUAGUAAAAACGUGUAUAUGUAUAUCAGAUGAUAUAGAAUCCUAAUUUCCAUGAC